GGCGGGCUACAGCGAUCCGCUGUCCGCCGCAUCGAUUAGUGGCCGCCUAUCGGCCGGCUGCAGCAAGAAGCAAACGCAAAUUUGGUCGCAAAAGGGCCAAGGCGAGUGCAAAACGAAGCAAACGUGUGAAACGGGUCAAGCGAAAGUGGGCCAAGACCAUGCAAUAGGCAAACUAGUGAGAAGCCGCACACUGCCAAGACUACAGCAAGGAGACUGCGGAGGAUAGUCAUCAUGGAGUUGCGUGAGCUGCGCGCCAGCGCCAGCGCCACCGCCUCGGCCGGCACCAGCAGCAGCAGCAGCAGCGGCAGUAGCAACAGCAACUGUGGCAUCGGUGGAAUCAGUGGUAGCAGCGGCGGAGGCGUCGAACUGGGUGGCAUCUGUAUUGGGAGCGCCAGCGGUGGUGGCUUCCAGCGUAUGCCAACCAAGGCGGAUCUGUUCAUGGAGCAGUUGAAUGCCACAAAUGCCAAAAAGGUGGCCCUGCUCCUAGUCCUGGGCUUCAUACUCUACCACGGCCUGCUCAAUUGGAACUACGGCAGCGACUCCUGCCAGUGGCUGCUGUCGAAGGGCCGCUUCAAGGGCGACAACGAAUGGCAGCCGUACGGGUGCAUGGUGCACAAAUACUCCCUCACCGAUACUCGGCGAUGCCUGCGCUACCUGGCCUUCUUCGACAACAAAAACAACUUCGUGUUCAUUGGGGACGAGAGCGUGCGCCUGCUGUACGAGCGGUUCAUCGAGCAGCUGCGCCAGCUGCCGCUGUCCUCCGACGAGGACAACAACGGAUCAUCGCGGGCCCACGACGACAGUGCAGCGGUGCGGUUCGAGGACAACAAGCUGCACAUGCUGGCCCAGUACAUCAGGGCCGAGGAGGUCAGUCCAUCGCUCAUCGAUCGCCUGUACAGGCUGGAGGCCGAGAAGCAGCUGUCCUCCGUUUAUGUGGUGGGGCUGACCUACUCGGGCCUGCUCGGCGGCAACAUAACCGAGGAGGUGCUGCGACAGUACAGCGCAAAUCUCACCCUGCUGGUGGCCCCCUUUCACCGCCUGGUGGCUCAGACAUCGCGUGUGCUCUGGAAACUGGCUGAUCGCGUGGACGAGGAGAAGCUGCCGCCCGCCUGGAAGCUGCUGCUCAAUGAGGACAUCGAUCGGCUGAAUCAUGUGGCCCGCAACGUCUUUCGCUACACGGAGGCCACCGUCUGGGAGUCGGCCUGGCACAUUGCCAACGGUCUGCUGGACGCCGCCAUCGACGGCCAUCAGCUGUGUGCCCACGGCCAGCGGCUGGAGGUGCAGCUGCUGUGGAACAUGUACUGCAACGACUACAUGAACUACAACGAUGGCACCUGCUGCAGCAGCUCAGAGCCCCACACCACGCUGCAGAUUGUUGCCUACGCCCUGUUCGGCGUCUGCAUAACGCUCGUCUGCGGCAUGUGCCUGCGUCGCUGGCUGCUCCAUCUGCGUGGCCACACGCUUUACGUGCCACUGCAGCAGCAUCAGCCGGAUCCACAUCAGCAUCAGCCAAACAGCGGAGGAAGAGGCGGCGGCGGCGGUCCCACCCAUGCCCUGUCCGCACUUAUCAUGGACUAUGGCACACCGAUGGUGGCGCUGUCGCUGCUCGGCCUAAUCAUGGCCUACUUCUACCUGUGUGACCGCACAAACUUCUUCAUGAAGGAGAACAAAUACUACUCGGAGUUCAGCUUCUGGAUACCCGUGGGCUACGUGUUUGCCCUGGGGCUGUUCUUCACGGAGGACUCGCGCUUCACCAAGGUCCUCAACAGAGACCAAACAGACGAGCUGCGCGGCUGGAUAUUGCUGGUGGUGCUGAUCUACUACAUGACGGGCGCGCAGCGUGUGCUGCCCAUUCACAUGCACAUCAAGCUGCUCAUCUCGGGAUACUUCUUCCUCACCGGCUACACGCACUUCACACACCUCUGGCAGACGGGGGGCAGUGGCUCGCUGUUUGUCCGCUUCUUCCAGGCCAUGUUCCGUGUGAACUUCCUCAGCGUGCUGCUCUGCUUCUGCAUGAACCGUCCGUAUCAGUUCUACUACUUUGUGCCGCUCCUCUCCUUCUGGCUGUGCAUCGUGUACUUUGUGCUGUCGCUGCCGCCGAGGAUAUCGUCCGCGUCGGUGGACUCCAAUCCGCUGCACUAUCUCUAUCUGGUGUGCAAAUGCAUCGGCUGCCUGGGCGUCAUCACGGUGCUGUUCAUGUCCGAAGUCUUCUUCGAGCGCAUCUUUGUGACGCGUCCGUGGAAGGCGCUGUUCGUCACCACCGACGACGAUCUGCACGAGUGGUGGCACCAGUGGAAGCUGGACCGGUACACCGUCACCUUUGGCAUGAUGUACGCCGCCUGUUUCCACAUUGCCCAGAAAUACAAUGUCUUCGAUGACAACAACCAUGGCAAUAUGUUUGCGCGUCGCACCUCCAUCUCGGUGACGCUGCUGGCCCUCCUGGGUGUCGGCAUCUACACGUCCUUCUCGUUCCUGUGCCGCAAUUUGCAGAACUGCGAGGAGAUCCACUCGUACAUCCUCUUCAUACCCAUUGUCGGGUAUGUGGUGCUGCGCAACAUUUCGGGCAUACUGCGCACCCGAUAUUCUAGCUUCUUUGCCUGGUUCGGGCGCAUCUCGCUGGAGCUGUUUGUCUGCCAGUAUCACAUCUGGCUUGCCGCCGACCGCCACGGAGUGCUCGUGCUGCUGCCGGGCUUCCCCACGCUCAACAUGAUCAUCACCUCGUUCAUCUUUGUCUGCGUCUCGCAUGAGGUGCACCGCCUGACGCAUAUCCUGCUGCCCUAUGCCGUGCCCAAUGACUGGCGUCUCGUAAUGCGCAAUUUUUUCAUCUUUCUCAUUGUGCUGAUCCCUGUGGCCCGGUCCGAUGGCAUGUUCUGAGCACAAUUGAAUUGUCGCCAGCUCAUUUCCCACACACAAUCUGGGGGGAUACGGAGUAUGUUUGUAGAGCGUGCCAUUGCUGUAAGCCAAUUGUAGGUUAAACCUAAUCCCUUAUCCUUCGUGCAAUACUUUUCUACUUUUCCUUCUAUUGAUUAGCUCUUUUUACUCAAUUUGCUCAAAGACUGAUCCUAAUUCAAUUCAAAAUUAAAGUGCAAAAUUUCGUUCUAGCUAAAUUUAAACUGUUCAAUCGCUGGAAACUGAACGUGCAAUUGUCUUAUAGUUGUGAAACGCAAUAUUUACAUGCAUAUAAAUUAUAUAAAUAUUUAGAUAACGUGCAAAUAAGUAAACAAAACAUUUACAUACAUUUAUUGAUAUAUUUUAUGCAUGUGUAUACCAUCUAGAAUUAACUUAGCCUUAUGUACAAUUUGCACAAAUUACUUAACAUUUCACCACUCAUACAAAAAAAAAAACCACACACACACACACACACACGAAGCGGCAACCAAAUGUAUGUAUAGCGCCAGAAAAUAAAGCAUUGAAAAUACAAAUAUUGUAUGUGAUUGUAGCAAUGCCAUUAGCUGAUAAUGCAACU